UUUGUAACGUUAGUUUUAUCCUGGACAACUCCCUCCUAGAUCUCAUUCGUUUAGUUCUCGUACCUACUGAAAUGGACAGUCGGAGCCACGGGUGGUGCUCGUUGCCGCGACCCGCCAUUGCCGCCGCCGUCCUCCUCGCCGUCUCGCUAGCGGCCACGCCGGCGGCGAGCCAUGGCGGGCACGAUGACACCGGCCUGCACAGCAACUACCUCAUCAUCGUGCGCAAGCCGUACGAGUACGACACGAACGUGUACAAGAAUGUGUCGAGCUGGCACGCGUCGCUGCUGACGUCGGUGUGCGACAUGGCCAAGGAGACGCUGGAGAAGGACCCGUCCUCCAUGUCCCGGCUCAUCUACUCCUACCGUAACGUCGUCAAUGGCUUCGCCGCCCGGCUGACGCCGGAGGAGGUGGAGGAGAUGUCCAAGAAGGACUGGUUCGUCCACGCCUACCCGGAGAAGACGUACCAGCUGCAGACCACCCACACGCCGCAGCUGCUCGGGCUCAUGGGCAGCGCACGCCGCGGCGGCGUGUGGAACACCAGCAACAUGGGCGAGGGAAUCAUCAUCGGCAUCCUCGACGACGGCAUCUACGCCGGGCACCCGUCGUUCCACGGGAGGGACAUGAAGCCGCCGCCGGCCAAGUGGAACGGCCGGUGCGACUUCAACGAGACGGUGUGCAACAACAAGCUCAUCGGAGCGCGCUCCUUCUUCGAGUCGGCCAAGUGGAAGUGGAAGGGGCUCCGCGACCCGGUCCUACCGAUCAACGAGGGGCAGCACGGGACGCACACGUCGAGCACCGCGGCCGGCUCGUUCGUGGCGGGCGCGAACAUCUUCGGCAACGCGCUCGGCACGGCCGGCGGCAUGGCCCCGCGCGCCCACAUCGCCUUCUACCAGGUGUGCUACGUCGAGAAGGGCUGCGACCGCGACGACAUACUGGCGGCGGUGGACGACGCCCUCGAGGACGGCGUCGACAUCCUCUCGCUGUCGCUCGGCGACGAGCAGGCCGACGACUUCUCGGACGACCCCGUCUCGCUGGGAGGGUACACCGCUGCCAUGCACGGCGUGUUGGUCAGCGCGGCCGGCGGCAACACCGGCCCGGGCCCGAGCACCGUCGUCAACGAGGCGCCGUGGGUGCUCACCGUGGGCGCGGGCACCACUGACAGGCGGUUCGUCGCCACCGUGAAGCUUGGCGAUAAUGUUAGCCUUGACGGCGAGUCCCUCAGCGAGCCCAAGAACUUCGGAGACGAGAUGCGGCCGCUGGUGCGCGACGUGGGCGACGGCAUGUGUACCAGCGAGAACGUGCUGAGGGCGAUGAAUGUCACCGGGAAGAUUAUCAUCUGCGACGCCGGUGGUGAGCUGAGCUCCGCGAAGGCCAAGAUGGCGCUCCGCGCCGGCGCCGCCGGUAUGAUCCUCGUCUCCCCUCAGGUGUUCGGCUCGGUGGUCGUCCCCAGGCCGCACGUCCUCCCGACGGUGCAGGUCCCCUUCGCGACCGCGCAGAAGAUCAAGGCUUACAUCCGGACCGCGCAGAACUCGACGGCGAACUUCAUCUUCAAAGGAACGGUGUUCAACACCCCGAAGUCGCCGGUAGUUGCACCGUUCUCGUCGCGGGGGCCGAACAGGCGGAGCAGAGGAAUCCUGAAGCCAGACAUCAUCGGGCCCGGGGUGAACAUCCUCGCCGGCGUCCCCAAGAUCGAGGACAUGGAGUUCGGGCCCGACGAAGAGAUGCCCAAGUUCGACAUCAAGUCCGGCACCUCCAUGGCCGCGCCGCACCUCAGCGGGAUCGCCGCGCUGAUCAAGAACGCGCACCCGACGUGGUCGCCCGCGGCCAUCAAGUCGGCCUUGAUGACGACGGCUGAUUCCACGGACAACGUCCGGAAGCCGAUAUCCGACUCGGACGGCUCGCCGGCGACCUACUUCGCCCUGGGCGCCGGGUACGUGAACGCGCGGAAAGCCAUGGACCCGGGCCUCGUGUACAACCUCACGGCGGCGGACUACGUCCCCUUCCUCUGCGGGCUCAACUACACGGACCAGAGGGUGAACAUGAUCAUCCACCCGUCGCCGCCGGUGGAGUGCGCCAAGAUGCCGAAGCUCGAGCAGAAGGACCUCAACUACCCGUCCAUCACGGCCAUCCUUGACCAGACCCCGUUCUCCGCGACCAUCGCCCGCUCGGCGACGAACGUCGGGGCGGCCGCCUCGACGUACGCCGUCGAGGUGGACGUGCCGGCCUCCUUGUCCGUCGAGGUGAAGCCACCGACGCUGGCGUUCAAGGAGCUAAACGAGGUCCUGAACUACACGGUCAGCGUCAAGACCGCCUCCGGCAGGGCGCCGGCCGGCACCAUCGAGGGGGAGCUGAAGUGGGUGUCCGGCAAGUACGUCGUGCGCAGCCCGAUCCUCGUCUGCCCCGGCACCGGCAGGAGCGCGGCUACGCCAGCGACGGAACGAACAUAACCAAGCUGCCUCCGUGCACUGCCGUCGAUGGAUUCAGAUGGCCACCCGCGCGCUAACGUUGUGAUGUGCUGCUUACUUUGUUUCCUCUUCGCUAAGUAGGAUUAGGGCUCAUGUAUUUGGAGCUAGCUAGCGAAUUGAUCGAUCCUUUCCUCCGCGCGCGGAAGUGGGUGACGAUUUUUCUUGCUGUUCUUUUACCACUCGAUCGUAUUGAGAGGGUGCGGCUGAUCGCGCGUGGCCAUUGAUUUUGUACUCGAGGGGGCGAGAUUCGGUUCCAUCCCCCCUUAAUCAUGAUAUAAUGUUCAUUUCUUUUUUUUUC